CAGCGGAAGAGAGGGAAGGGGAACAAGUUAACCAAUGGAACUGUCAGCAAUUGGUGAGCAAGUCUUUGCUGUGGAAUCAAUCAUUAAGAAAAGAGUUAGAAAGGGUCAUAUAGAGUAUUUUUUGAAGUGGAAGGGCUGGCCUCCAAAGUACUGCACAUGGGAGCCAGAGGAGCACAUCCUAGACCCUCGACUGGUUUUAGCCUACGAGGAGAAAGAACAAAAAGACAGAUCAUUGGGCUGGCGUAAAAGAGGGCCAAAACCAAAACGACUGCUCUUGCAGAGCAACAUUUACCCAAUGGAUCUACGCAGUGCACACCAAGGUACAGAGAGUUCGUCUGCACAACUGCCACUCUCAGUGACACGAUCGCUUGCCCCACAAUUCAGCGUUGUGGAUGAGAGGUUCCACUCCACAGGGACAUGCAUAUAUCACGGAUUAACCCAGCACAAGAGAAAGAAGAAAACAUCUAGAGAGACUUCCGAGGAAGAAUGGGAUAGAAGGGAAGAUGAUUAUGAUGAUGAUGAUGAGGGGGUUAUGGAAGAAGAGGAGGAGGAGGAUGAGGAAGACACAAGACAGGAAGGGACUAAAACUGGCAGCAACACUUUAAACAAGCAUAUCAGGACAGGAGGCUGGAGUCCAACCACUGAUUUCGAGAAAACAACUGUAUCUCCUUUGCCAGAGCACUGGAGUCCAGUUAUGGGCCCAGAGGAGGUAACUGUGACUGAUAUCUCCAUCAACUCAAUAACAGUGACUUUUAGAGAGGCCUUGGUUGCAAGGGGAUUCUUCAGGAGCUUGGAGCUCGAGUUCUAAUAUGACAAGGAGAAGGUGAGGAUGGUGAGAGUGAAAGACAGUUGGUACAUCCUUUUUAGCAGUGUUUUUUAUUAUGUUGUUGCAUGGCUUCCGGCAAUGUUUCAGUAAGAAAAGCCUGUUCAGACUUAUAUUUGCACCAAUAUUGUUCUGUUGCACCAUUGUGCACUGUUCUAGUGCACUAUUAAACCCUCCAAAAUGCUUUCAGGAUUGUGUUCAGAUCACAGAAAAGUUUUUAUCAUUUAAUGCUUUUAAAUUACCCAAUAAUGUGAGAGUUUGACAAGAUCUUGAAAUUCUCAAUGAUAGGCAUUUUCAUAUUAUCCAUAAAAAAAGUUAUUGCCAGUUCACCGAUGCUGGUAUGUAAUACAGUGUUCUAUUUGCCUGUGUUGUGCAGUGAAGUUUAGAGAUUCAUCUAACCAAGAUGAACUCCAUUUGGUGUGCCCAUGUACUUGCAUAUUAACAGUGCUAGUACAAAAUAUUAAUUAGUACAAUUAAAUAAUCUUAAAGACAAGCUGUCAUAUAUGUUUCCAUAAAUAUACACAUUAAAUGUAUGUAUAUACUGAAUAUAUACUUGGUAGAAUCGACAUAUACUUACACAGAGAGUAUUCUAAUCUUGACUUACAAUUAUGUGCAGUGCUGUAGAAUGUGAUACUAAAAAUAUUAUGAGGCCACAGGGUUACUGUUGGUUACCUGGUAAAGCAUGGCACUAGCGACAUCAAGAUCAUGGGUUUGAUUCCCAGGGAACACAUAAACAAAUAAAAUUGUGGAUCUUGAAUGCACUGUAAGUCGCUUUGUAUAAAAGCGUCUGCCAAAUGCAUAAAAAUGUAAAUGUAAAAAAAAAAAAGGAAAUAUCUGAAAUUCAACAAUAAAAAUG